AUGGUAGACGGAAUUUUGGAUGAACUACGCCAACUUUACCGUAAGUUAGACGAUAAUUUAGAGAGAAAAGACUUUGAAAAAAUUAAAUAUUUGUUAAUAGAUAAUCAACUUAAUAAAAGUGACAUACAACUCAUUAACAGUCCAACAGAACUAUUUUUGAAGCUGGAAGAUAAAGGUCACAUCAGUAGAAAUAAAUUGAGUUUAUUGAAAAAACUGCUUCGGGAUAUAGAAAGGUCUCCCCUGAUUAAAAAAUAUGUGGAGCCCACAGAAAUGGCUCUGGCAAAGAAGACAACAAUUACUGAAGUAAAACCAUCUAUUGAGGAAAAAAAACCUGUUGAAAGAUUAUCAAAUAUGGAAGGUGGUGGGACAACCGUUCGGCACAGACAACAGGACAGAGGGGACUACAAGGAACAACCUCAACACAGCAAUGGGAAUCCAAAGCCGAAGAAACCCCAGACAGACAUUUGUUUUCAACGCUGUUGCAUUAUUUUUGUUGCAUCUGCAUUUGUCAUACUUGGACUUGGCUAUUAUCUACAUGUGAAUGGGACUUUUAUUUCAGUCGCUGGGGACACUGAGAAAGUAAUUCUGCACUCGAGAGAUAACCAGGAACUUGAUCAAGUGGUUUCCGACAAAGAAGCAAAGCAGGAAAAAUUUGCCACGGACACCAAGCAAACACCUCAGCCAUCAAGAAAUAAACAAGAAAGUGAUAAAGUCGACUUAAACAAAGAAAAUGUGCAGAAAAAUGAUUCAAGUAAACCAUGUGAAAAGUUGAAGUCACAUGAUGAGAGGAGCAUCCUGAUACUUAAUGAUGAGUGGAGUACUACAAAGGGAGGUGUGUCCAGUUUCCAUCGUCAUGUAUCUAUACUUGCUAAACAAACUGGUGUUGAGGUCUAUGUGACUGCACUGACAGCAACAUAUGAAGACUUGAAUGAUGCAAAGGCAAAAGGAAUUAAUUUAAUUGUGGCUGAGAAAAAGGGUGAACACCCAAAUAUGAAUUGGUUGAGUACUUACCGGUAUGCUCAUUUUCCAACAUUGUGCGCAAUUCAGAAAAUUAACGUUAUUAUCGGUCACAUUCCAAUUACAGGAGAAGAGGCGAUUAAGUUGAAAAGUGAUUGCUAUCAUGAUGCCAAAGUGUUCCUGUUUUUGCAUGUUAUUCCAGAAGACACUUUAAUGCACAAGGAAGGGUGGAAUCCACGACAACUGGAGGAAGAAGCAACUAAGAUUCAGAAACAAGCAGAAAAUUCUAGUGCAGUGUUUUCCGUUGGUCCGAAGAUUUAUAACCACUAUGAUGCUGAUUUCAAAUCUGCAUCUGUUGAUCACAGAAAAUAUUUGCCUCUACCAGAAGAGGAAUAUUUUCAUGUGAAUCUCAUAACACCAGAAAAGCAUCAUAAUAGAAAAGUGCUUACAGUUGGUAGAGUGAAGGGUGUUGGUAAUCUAAAGGGUUAUGAAUCGUGGCUAAGGCAUUAA